CGCAAUGUUAUUGCAUCACAACUCGAUUGCACAACAUCAAACCUCCAUAAGUAAAACAGAGAGGUCCCAAACCCUAACCGAUCUUCUUUGUAGAGUACUCGUCGUUUUUCUCUGUCUUUUCGACAACUUCAUUUUGCUACAUUCGAAAGAAAAUCUACCCAGAAACGACCCCCCCCCCCCCCCCCUCCCUCUCUCUCAAAUCCUAGCUAGUUAAAAGUAGCUCGAAAAGGCUAACUCAAGAUACCAUUUGAUUAGAGACAUGGAUAGGGUGUCGAGGCUGGCGUCGCAGAAGGCGGUGGUGAUAUUCAGCAAGAGCUCGUGCUGCAUGUGCCAUGCGAUCAAGAGGCUGUUCUACGAUCAGGGGGUGAGCCCUGCGGUCCACGAGCUCGACGAGGACCCACGGGGCAAGGAGGUGGAGAGGGCGCUGAUCAGGCUCGGGUGCAACCCUGCGGUUCCCGCGGUCUUCAUCGGAGGGAAGUUCGUCGGGUCCGCCAAUGCCGUCAUGACACUUCAGCUCAAUGGCUCGCUGAAGAAGAUGCUCAUGGAAGCUGGAGCUUUGUGGCUCUAGCGAGAGAAGCCGGUGACAUGCUGCCACCCAAAACAUAAAGUUUGCUAAUAGCUUGGAAAAUAAGCUUAACAAUCAUAGCUCAACACUCGUAUGCGUAUUAUCAAUAUAUGUAAGUCCCUUGCA